AAAAACCCAACGUCUUCCUCUCUGAGCACCCGACCGUUGCAGCACCUGCCCUAAUUCUUCACAGACGCUCUCUCUCAUGACCAACCUAGCACCUAUCUUCUUGUCCCACUCUCACUCUCUUACAUAGUGUUCCCUUGUAAGCUAUUCUAUCAAGCUCUCUUAGCCAAGUAAGAGUGUAGAGACCAAAAGAGAUCGACGGAAAAGCGCAGCGGCGAUGGCCACGAAGCUCGCCUUCACGGAAGAGGAGAUGGCCGUCGACGAAGGCCUCGGCUACCCGAAAGCCUAUGCCAAGCUCUGUAGAAACCCCAAUAUUCUCAACCCUUACAACCACGGGCCCCCUUUCACCUUUCUCCCUUAUGUUUUACAGCCACAGGAGUCUCUGAGAGCAAAGGACUUGAAUCAGAUGUUUCCGAUCCUCGAUCCGGAGGCAGUUCCUUGUGUUAACCCUCGAGGUUACGUCAAUCUCCUGUGGAAGCAAUUGGAUCAUCUCGGGAACGCAGGAUUCGAUCCUGCGCUCUUUCGAGUAGACCCAUUCGGCAACGUCCUUUACUUGCAUGCCGACUCAGCUUCUCCUCUUGCCUGGGACAUUGAUCACUGGUUCCCCUGCACAAGAGGGGGGAAAACAGUUCCUAGCAAUUUGAGAAUACUUCAAUCCCAAGUGUGUAAGAAGAAGAAGAACAAAUUGGAGUUCCUCAUACCAUGGUGGGAUCUCCAAUUAGGCAUAUCUGUUAGCCAAUUCCUAUCCAUAUUUGCUUCAAGAAACUCAGACUUCAGGAAUAGAGCCUUUUCUUUCUUAUUUUGCGAUGGAGGGAACGAGGAGUUGAGCUCCCUGCAGGCUGUCGAGUCUCAUGCUUUUCCUCAACACUUCUCUGAUGUGAAAAAGCAAGUAGGGCUUGCUCCAGCAGCUAUUGUUUCCACAAGAAGAUCUGAUGCUUCAGUGCUGAAAACUCUCGAUAUAAACAGAUCUUCGAGGCCCAACAAUUAUCCAUUGAUUGCUGCAAGGAAAGUCUCGACUGAAAAGGAUGACACGCUUACUAUGGCUGUUCAGAGCUACAGGCCAAACAUCUCCAAAGAAAAUAACAACCCUGAUAUGGAUAAUUAUAGUAAUAACCCUUACCUAUCCAUAGUAAUGGCCAGAGAUUCGUUGAGGCAGAGAGAAGAGGCUAAAAAGAAGCAAGCAGAAAUGAAUGAAUUGGAAGGUGAACUCUCGGAAUUGAAGCAAAAGAAUGAGGCAGACCGAAUUAAUAUCCAAGAGUUGGAAGCACUUCUAAUCAAAAGAAGGCGUCGGGUUGAGAAAUGCCGGCGUUUAGCAGAGGCUCAGUCUUCUUAUAAGGCUUUACUUGAGAAGAUGAUCCGUGAUGCCAUGCACCAGAGUGUUGUCUACAAGGAACAGCUUAGGCUGAACCAGUCUGCAACUAGUGCUCUCAUGGCGAGAUUAGAGGCCCAGAGAGCGAUAUGCGAUUCCUCGGAGAAUGAGCUUCGUCGAAAGUUCAAACUAAGAGAUAACAUAGAGAAACAAAUCAAGCCUUUUUCGGAGCAAGCACGGAAAAGGUCACGCAUUGAUGAUAAUCUUAUCGAGGAAAGGGAUGAUGAAAGCAUUGAAUUGUUGUCCACUAGAAGAAUCAUGAACCCUCUGAAAAAAGAGCUUAGAAAAUUCCUGGAAGAGGAGCAGAAGGCAUCUGAAGCAGGCCGUUCUCUUUGCGAAGACAGCGAAGAAGUGUUGGACGAAACUUCGACAUCAGGUGAAGGUGAGAACAGUGAAGCAUAUAGAGUUCUGAAAUAUGAAAAGAAUGAUCCAUCAGAGGAAACUAAAUUUAAAGGUUUAUGUGUAAAAGAGGAAAGUUAUAGCAACAGUGUUGGACUGAAAGGGAGGAACUCGAGUCAUCAAAGCCAGAAGGAAGAAGCUGAGACAUAUGGCAGUGGCUUUUCGGUGAGAGAGAAGCUUGAGAAAUUAACAAUUAAAGAAGGAACCAGCAGCAAGACGAAUGAGAUAAAGGAAAUUACAUUCCCUCAAAGCCCGUUUGUGUGUACAGAAAACACUAGGCAUGGAAAACCGGGAGAGGCCAAAGAGGAAGCAUCAUUACUUCAUGGAAAGACUCGUCUGUCAAGAAAGAGUAAUUCUGUGCCUCAAAGCCCUCGCAGAGAUGACGAAGAAUACAUGAAACAAGUUGGCAAAGGGAAUGUCGAGAAGUGGCUCCGGAUGCUCAUGGAGAACUCACAGGAAGGCACCUCUACUAACUCGCUCUUGGAUAAUCAAGGCAAACAGCAGAUCUGCAUUGGCGAAACAAUAGACAAAAUGAAUCCUUUCAACCAACAGGAAGAAAAAACCAGUUUUGAUAAAAAUUCUAAUGAGGAGCAAAUUAAGGACAAAAACUGCAGAGAGAACAACAGAAAAGAGGUGUUGUUAGGUGGGCGGAAGAGCUUUGACAUAAAGGAGAGGGAGGAAAAGAAUGCAGGGAAUCCGAGGUCUGAGAGUGCUAGAGGAUUUAGAUCCUUCCCUUCAUCUCCUUCAAUGAUUUUAGGAAUGAGAAGAGGUGUGGACUGCAUGGGGAGGAAACCGAAGGUGAUUGGUGAUGAUGAUGAGUUCGGUGAUGAGAAUUCUCUUCCCACAAUCAACAGCAAAUUCAUCAAGUCCUGCAGUAAAGCAAUCAAGAAAGCAGUUAACAUAUAGAGAUUGUGGCUACUUAUGGGAGUUUGUUUGCCUUGUCCUUUUAGUUUUCACAUUCGUGUUUUAUGAUUGUUUUUAUAUGGCUUGAAUAAUAAGUGUUGCUCGGGUGCGUUCCGCAUUUGAUACCUCACAUAUUUGUACAAUUAUUUUGCACCAGUUGUUAUGCUUGAGGCUUGCUCUGUUGGUACAUAUGUAUUACUAUCUGUCGUGAUUAAAGAAUGCCAGAUUUAGUUUUAAGUUGAUCAA